AUGAGUGAUACAGGAAAUUUUCCAGCGGAUGCAGAUGUACCAAUUGGUGCUGUCCCCAACAAUGUGGCUGAUGUUGUUAAUGCGAACAGUGAAGCUCAAAACGAACGUGAAGCGGCAAUUGAAACUGAAACCGUCAAUAAUUCUGAAUUAAAUAAAGAGAAAGAGCCAAAGUUUCAUGACGAAGAUGAAGAUUCAAAGAAAGGAAAUGCAGCCUAUGAAUCCAAUCAAGAAAUCAACAAUCCUCAAGAGAUGAUUUUGACCUCUGGUUCUGAAAUCGCGAAACCAGACGCGACUUUACAAGGCGGAAAAAUACAAUCAAGCAGCGAAGAUCAACUAAAGGAAUCAGCCAAAAUACAUGAAGAAGAAGGUUCCUCGGAACCAACGGAGUCAAUUGCUAAUCCACUUGAUGUCAAAUUGCGAAAUGAAGAAAUAAUAUCACAGCCAGAUGCACCAUCGAGUAUAGAGUCAAAAGUGGUGCCAAAGUUUUAUGAAAGUGAAGAAUUAAAUGUUCUUGAUAAUGUUGAUAAUGUUGAUGAUAAUGUUAUUAGCUCUAAUAAUAAUAGUAAUAAUAUUGGGGAUAAUGGUAGUGAAAUCAAUAACAAUAAUGAACACAGGAAUGACAACAACGAUAGUAAUAAUAAUAAUAAUAAUAAUAACAACAAUGAUAAUGAUGAAAAAGAAGAUGAAGAUAACAGUAAAGAAGAUGAAAAAUUGCAACUUUCUAAUUCCAAUGAUAAUAAUCUGAUGUCAGCAUCUCAGAGCAUAAAUAAUAAUAACCAAGUGCUGACCGAAACAGGAGACGAAGAUGAAAUAUUGAAGGAUGCCAAAGAACAUUUGACCAUGGAAGCCAAUGCUGUUUCGAACUCACUUAAAAUAAAUAUUACUGAAAAUCUGGAGAUUGGUGAUAAUAGUCUUACAGUCAAAGAGGAACCUAUAGAACAUGAUAUUGAAGGCGUACCGCAGUUACAUAAGAUUGUUCUUCCUUCAUAUGCUUCCUGGUUUUCUCUUAAAAAAAUUAACUCGAUUGAAAUACGUGCCUUGCCGGAAUUUUUCAACAACUCAAAUCGAUCGAAGACCCCAUUAAUAUACUUGAAUUAUAGAAACUUCAUGAUCAAUGCUUAUAGAUUAAACCCAAAUGAAUAUUUGACAUUAACAGCGGUUAGAAGAAAUUUAGCAGGAGAUGUCGGAUCUUUAUUGAGAAUUCACAGAUUCUUGACUAAAUGGGGUAUCAUAAACUAUCAAGUUAAUCCACAAAAUAGGGUCUACAACGUUGAACCACCUGAAAUAAAUGAUCCAAAAAUCAGCUAUGAUCAUCCUAGAGGUUUGUUUCCGUUUGAGAGCUAUGCUUUACCAGCUGAGAAGGAUAAACUUGAGAAAAUUAAACAAUUGAUGAAUGUCAAAAAAAAUACCACGGAAUCGAAUGGUAAUGAAAAUUUAUCGGAUAAUAAGGAUCCUUCAGUAUAUGAUGCUGGAGUGUCAAAAUCUUUUAAACGUCCAAAAAUUGUAAAUAACGAUUAUAAUUCUGAUUGGUCAGCGUUAGAAUUGAAGAAACUCUUGGUUGCAAUUCACGAUGAGUCUGUGGGUGACAAUAAGCAACUCGAUUGGUAUAGAAUUGCAACUUUUGUAGGGACCAAAACCCCUGAACAAUGUAUUGCAAGAUUUAUACAGUUACCUAUAGAAGAUCCUUUCCUUGAAUCAUUUGACGCCAGGAAUGAUCAGCUUGGUGCUUUAAAAUACGCGCCACAUUUUCCAUACUCCAAAGCAGAUAAUCCUGUGAUAUCGACUAUUUCAUUCUUAUGUGGGUUGGUGGAUAAAGAAGUAUUAGCAGCAUCAAGAGAUAGAGUAAUCAGAAAAGUCGAUGAAGUUUAUUUAGAGAGACUAAAAAGAGAGAUUGAAAGAAGUGAAAAGAAAGCAACUCCAGAAGCUGCAAAUGUGGAAGGUGAUUCGGAUGAGAAUAAGGAUGAGAAUAAGGAUGAGAAUAAGGAUGAGAAUAAGGAUGAGAAUAGGAAUGAGAAUAAGGAUGAGAAUAAGGAUGAUAGAAAUUCUGAUGUUGAAAUGAAAGAUCCUGAACUGUUAGAUGAGUUUGAACCAACAGUUUCUGCAAAUAAAGCUCCAGAGAAAGCAAACUCGACAUUUCAUGAAUCCCUCAAAGAAGGUGCCACUACUGCUAUCUCCUCGAUGGCAGCAAGAUCUCAUAUUUUCUCAAAAUAUGAAGAGAGACAAUUGAAUCACUUUAUUUCCAUGAUGAUAAACCUGGAGAUUUCAAAAGUUGAAUUAAAGCUCUCCAAAUUAUCGGCGGCAGAAAUGGAAAUUGAAUUACAAAAAAAAUUAUUGAAUUCAUUGCAAGAAGAAAUUUUUACCGACAGGUUAAAUUUAGCCAAGUUUCAAAAAUCCGUGCGUGGAAGCUUCCAAAAUAUACAGGAUGAAUUAUCCACAGUUUUAAAGAAUAUGCAAGAGAAGACGGCGGCCAAUACUGAAAGUCACCCAAUUACCAAUGAGCAAUUACUUGAAAAGUUGCAAAAAAUUGAAGCUUCUUUGUCACAAACAAAAACAAUGUUGGGCUCCUCUUCUAAAUUUAGCUUGUUCAACAAUGAACCUAAGAAAAUUGAUGAUGAGGAAAUAACAACUAAUGAAGAAGAUAUUGAUGAAACAAAGCCUGUCAGUAUUGAAGUACCUCAUCUAUACAAGUUCUGGGCUGGUUGA